CAUCCCACCACUCAUCUCCACGCGUCUCAGGUCAUUCCUGAGUCCCGAGCCUCUUUUCCUCCGUCGCAACCCGACACCCGUUUCGGCCGGCCGUCCUCCCCGUUCUUCCCCCAAUCUCACUGAAAUCCACUGGACCCGACCGGUCUCUUUCUAUCCUCGCCUCCCAUUCGCCAGAUCCCUAGAUCCUCUCCUGUCCCCUCCCGGGCGAUGGCCCGAAAACCUCUUUCCUGAUGGAUCCCCGCCCCGCGCCACUCUCCAUCGACCUCAACGAGUUCCCUCCUCCACCCUGCGACACCCCUCCCGCGGCCCCCGCCCCACCUUUCCUACCCUACGAUGCCUACGCCCUGGCUUGCAGGUUCCAUGGGAAUCUCACCCCCGCCACCGGCCUCCCGGCGGAGUUCCCCGGGGAGGCCGGCAUCGGCCGGCCCCUCCCGUGCGGUCUCUGCGGCCGCCCGGAGACGCGGUGUGGCACCGUGGUUUGCGACGGCUGCGAGAGGGGGUUCCACCUUAGCUGCGCCCGGGUUCGGGCGCGGCAGCAUGUUUCGUUCGAGGACUGGGUCUGCACCGACUGCACCAUGAGUGGGGUGCCUAAUAAGAGGUGGGCUCUCGGGGCUGCCAGGCUUCUUGAUAUCAACGCCCUGCCGCCGAGUGAGGGAGAUGGGGAAGCCAGCACCCCGGAGGAGUUGCACAUCGGCAGGAACGCUGGGCUUAGCAGAAAGAACAAUCCUGAUGGAGCUUCAUUUAGUGGGUUUGGUGUAUCAUUUCCACACCUAAAUGUUGGUCACAAUAGAAAUGCUUUUGAUUUAGUUAAGGAUAUUGAAACAGUAAAUGAUGAUAUGAAAAUAAGUUCCGAAAUCAUACCGUACCAUGGACUAUUUGCAAGUAGAGGUUUUGAAAAUCCAGUUUCGGGCUCUUCCCUUAUAGGAAGGUCUGCAGUCAAUAAUGCAACAGUAUCAGGCCAGUCGCAGGGAGAGAUGUUUCUGCAGCUGUUAAGAAACUUUAUUAUGGAAAGAGGAGGUUUUCUGGGUGAAGGUUGGUCUGUGGAGUUCAAAGAAUUUGCAGACAGGUCUGCUCCAUAUGCUGUAUAUUGUGCCCCAGAUGAAAAAAGGUUUGAGUCAAUGUCUGAUGUUGCCCAAUAUCUCGGGAUAAAAUCAAGCUUCCCUUCUAUGGACAUUGAUGAAAUAAGUGAUGGUUCUGGCAUUGCACAGAGGUCAUUGACUCUAGGCAGAAGGAAGAAAGAUCUUGCCAGAAAUUUGAUGAUAACAAGUUUCAAUGAAAAUCAAGACAGUGUGCGGGUCAGCUGUGUCAUGGAGCCCUCAUCUGAUACGGAGGUCAUGGAACCUCAGUUGUCUGAUGUUAGAAGUGCUUCAAGAGUUGCAAAAACUUUCAUGGAGGAAAAUUGUGGCCAUGGAUCUCAAGACGCGUCUGUUGGGCUUCCAGUUCAAUAUGAAGAUUUCUUUGUGGUCAGUCUGGGGAAGAUUGAUUUACGAAUGACAUACCAUGACAACUAUCAGAUUUGGCCUGUAGGAUAUAAAUCCCAUUGGCAUGAUAAAGUUACAGGUUCACUUUUUGAGUGUGAGGUGUCAGAUGGUGGUAAUGCUGGGCCUGUUUUCAGGGUGCGUAGGCGCCCAUGUUUGAUUUCACCUGUACUCAGUGGUGCAACUGUUCUAGUACAUAAAAAUUUUAACAAAGAUGAUAUGCCAGAAAGGAUGGAAAGUACUAGAAUGACUGGUGAUGCAGAUUGGGAUAACGAUGAUGACAUUCUAAUGCUGCUAUCAGUUCCAGAUCAGUCACAGCAGGACUUGUUAUCAUGUUUUAGCAGCAAUCUUGGUGAAACAUCAUAUGAAUCCUCUGUACAAAUUAAUAUGCAGAAGCCAGCUGUUUUAACACCUGAUCUGAAUUGCCAUUCGGAAAGGUCUUCUGAGGCUUCAAGAAUGAGAGAUGAAAUAGGGGAAUUCUAUGUAGAAGGAAGAUCAUCACAGUCGGUAUGGAAGAUGGUUUCUCAUACUCUUCUUGAUGCUUGCCGUGAAGUGUACAAGCAGUCAGGCCAUUUGCAAUUUUGCUGCAGGCACAAUAGUAGAAAGCUUUCAUCAUACUCAGGCGAUAGAACUCUAGAAGAUCUAGAUCAUCUUAAUCCCCUAGCUAAAUUUUGCUGUUUCCGUGGACCGAUUUCUAUACCACAAAUAAUCCAGAAUGACAGUGAACUAGAAGCUACAUGCAAAUCACUUGCAGAAUGGUUAAGCCAGGAUAGAUUUGGAUUGGAUGUGGGCUUUGUACAGGAAAUUAUUGAAAGCCUUCCUGGAUCUCAUGCUUGUUCACACUACCAAUUUUUAAAUGAUAGGACUGAUUUUUCGACCUCAUGGACUGUGGCAAGUGGGUUGCUCUUAGCCAUUGAAAAGAAUGGAGAACAAGGUGAAGAAGUUGCAUCAUGUGGUUUAUAUAGAGGGCACAAAAAAUCCAGGCUACAGGACAUUGCUGAAGACAGCCAAUCAAGAGAUCACCAGACUCCACCUGGGAAACCAGUAAGCAGUAGGCUUCCUGCUGAGUUGGUUGGGGAUGUUCUUCAGAUAUGGGAAUUUCUGUGGCGUUUUUAUGAAAUCUUGGGCCUGAAAGAACCUCCAUCAUUUGAGGAACUUGAAGAAGAACUUAUCGAUCCAUGGCCUAUGGGGUCAUAUAAUUUGGAGAAUCUAGAAAAAGAAAUUCAGAAUAGUAAUAACAGUGCAAAUGGUCCAACUUCAUUUCCAACUGGUGAAUCUGGUCCAACAGCUCAUGAACAGAGUCCAUUCAUAUUCAUGCCAAUUGAAACAGCUUCUGCGAGGGAAGCUGCUCAAGCUAGAUUGGCAUCACGUACUUAUGACAGAUGUACUGGAGUCGUUUUAACAAACAGUCACAUUGCAUUAUUGAAAGUGUUGGUUGGUGAGCUACUUUGCAAAGUUGCAGGUUUUGUAGAUCCAAAUUUUGACGCUAGAGAAUCAAAACCUAGACGUGGAAGAAAGAAGGAUAUGGAUAACUCCCUUCCUGCAAAAGAAGCAAAGAUCGAGAUGCUAACUAUUAAUGAACUGACAUGGCCAGAAUUAGCAAGGAGAUAUAUUUUAGCUGUCUCAUCUAUGAAUGGUUGCAUGGAUUCACCAGAUGUCUAUAGUCGCGAAGGUAUGAGGUUGUACCGCUGCUUGCAAGGUGAUGGUGGCGUUCUCUGUGGUUCACUUUAUGGAGUAGCCGGAAUGGAAGCAGAUGCAUUGCUGCUUGCAGAGGCUGAGAGGCAAAUGUCUGGUAAUAUGAAGCAAGAUAAUGAAGUUUUUCCUGUGGACUACAAGGAUUCUGAUCGAGCAAUAAUUGCUUCUGAGCCAGCUGUUGUGAAUAGCAACGGGCUUCCCGAGUGGGCACAACCUUUGGAGCCUGUGAAAAAGUUACCAACUAAUGUGGGAACAAGAAUUAGGAAGUGCAUUUAUGAUUCUUUGGAGAAAAACCCUCCAGAAUGGGCAAAGAAAAUUUUGGAGCAUUCAAUCAGUAAAGAAGUUUAUAGGGGAAAUGCAUCAGGGCCCACCAAGAAAGCGGUUCUAUCUGUGCUGGCUGAGGCAUCUGGUGGAGGUCUGCAGCAGAAACCCAAGGGUCAGAAAGAGAGAAGUCCUAUUUCUCUAUCAGAUGUCAUUAUGAAAAAAUGUCGUAUCGUGUUACGUCAUGCUGUUUCUGCUGAUGAAGCAAAAGUUUUCUCCAAUUUGCUUGGAGCUGCCCUAACGAAUUCAAAUGAUAAUGAGGAUGAGGGUAUUCUUGGAUUUCCAGCUAUGGUUUCUCGCCCUUUGGACUUCCGUGCAAUCGAUCUAAGGCUAGCUGUUGGGGCUUAUGGUGGAUCACAUGAGGCUUUUCUUGAGGAUGUUCGGGAGGUUUGGCAUAAUAUAUGCACAGCAUAUGGGGAUCGACCUGAUUUGAUGCAAUUAGCUAAAACAUUAUCACAGAAUUUUGAGUCAUUGUAUGAGGAGGAGGUGCUAAACCUGGCUCAGAAGUUUUUAGAUCAUGCUGGAGCUGAGCAUUUUGACUCUGAAACAUGGAAGGAGCUGCAUGAUGUUCUUCUCACAGCAAAUGAACUCCCUAAAGCUCCUUGGGAAGAAGGAGUCUGCAAAGUCUGUGGCAUCGAUAAAGAUGAUGACAGUGUUCUACUCUGUGAUAAGUGUGAUUCUGAAUAUCAUAUGUAUUGUUUGAACCCUCCACUAGCUCGAAUUCCAGAAGGGAAUUGGUACUGUCCAUCUUGUGUUCACAGUCAGUCUAAGAUGCAAGAUUCACGGACACAUUCUCAAUUUAUUAAACGCCAUCCGAGGAGACAUCUGGGAGAGGAAUCUCGUGCUUUCCAAGAUGCUCUAAAUCAGCUAGCAAUCACAAUAGAAGAAAGAGAAUACUGGGAGUUCAGCAUAGAAGAGAGGAUAUUUUUGCUGAAAUUUCUAUGUGAUGAAGUGCUAAACACUGCACUUAUUCGAGAACACCUAGAACAGUGUGCUGAUAAAUCAAAUGAUCUGCAGCAGAAAUUGCGUAAUCUAGGUGUAGAAUUGAGAAACUUGAAAUCCAGAGAAGAAUUGCUGGCAAUGAGAGCUGUAAAGGAAAGUACAAGCAAAUUUAGUGGAAUUGGUGAUGUUCCAGUAGAAGAGGAUACAACUGCUAUGCAUGCUAGCCAUGGUAGCCUGAUGGGGCAGCAACAAAAUUUCAGCAACAAAAUGAACUAUAAUGCAACAGGUUCAGCAAAUCCUCCGAAGGGGGCAUCUAUAACCAUGGAGGACUGCCUUGAGGAGAAUGGACAGGGAGCUGUCAGCAAGAAUACAGACCACUUUCUGAGGAGCAUAAUGGAUACAAAUGCCCAUGCUAAGAAACCCCAAAAGCUUAUCAGUGAUGGCCCUGCUUUGAAUACAACAUCGGUUCCUGGAAAUUCAUGUUCUAGUAUGGAUGUCAGUAAAGGAGAUCAAUUCAAUGGACAAGAUGAAAAAUCAUUAGUAUUUUCCUCACAAAGAGAAAGUGAUGAAGCUGGGAGAGAAGUGGUGACGAACAUUGUAAGUGUUGAAAGGAAUACCCUUGUGCCAUCCAAAGCAGAUAUUACUCAUGGACCUCAUCUAUUUUCUGAUGGUGGGAAAACUGAUAUUGAAGAGAGUACUCGUUCAGUGCCGAUGGGUUCUGUAGUCAAUACCUUAGCUGGAGAACUGUCUGCUUCCAAUCAAGAUAGAACACUCCAACGAAGUCAUGACAAUAUUGAUGCCAAUGUAACUGAGCCUGAAGGCAUUAACCUUGAGAUGGACUCUUUAAAAAAUGAAAUUUCACAUCUGCAGGAUUCAAUCGCCAGUUUGGAGUCACAACUUAUGAUGACUUCUGUAAGAAGAGAAUAUCUGGGUAGGGAUUCAUCUGGCCGAUUGUACUGGGUUGUAGGUAGGCCUGGUAAACAUCCAUUGCUUGUGGCUGAUGGAAGCAUGCCAGCGCCACAUGAAAGAAGCGAUAUGUAUCCAAGUGGGCCUCAUUCUUGUAGCCCUUCUGAUUCUGAUCUGCAUAAAUGCUGGGAUUUGUUUGAAUCUGAUCAUGAAAUUCAAGAACUUGUUUGUUGGUUGAGGGAUACUGAUCCUAGAGAAAGAGAAUUGAAGGAAUGCAUCUUGCAGUGGCUAAGACUUCUUAUGUACCAGGACAUGAACCAUGCACCUGAUGAUUUUCAACAAAUAUCAAAGUCAUCCGUCUGUGAAAAUUCUGCAGCUCCACACUGUUUAAGUAUGAAGGCUGCAAUGAUUCUUGAGAGCAGGUAUGGUCCUUUCUUAGAGCCAGAAGUAAGUGAAAUCCCCAAAAAACGGGGGAGGAAGGCAAAGAUAAGUCAUGAGGAGAGAAUGUAUAGAUGUGAGUGCUUAGAACCUGUAUGGUCUUCUCGACACCACUGUCUUUCGUGUCACCAGACUUUUUGCGCUGUAACUGAACUUGAAGGGCAUAGUGAUGGAAAGUGCACUCCAAGCAAUCCAGCUUCGGAUGAAAGCAAAGAAAGUGAUGAUCAAUUAAAAGGAAAGGGAGCAAGAUCUGAGAGCAUCAAAGAAAAGGAGCACUCUAGUGGUGUAGAUAUUGUUGAGACAUCAAAGAAACAAAAGUUAGACAUCUGCUCGGGGUUGGUUAAAUUUCCGAGGAAAGUUUGCCCUUACGACCUUGAUGAGAUAAGUAAGAAAUUCAUCACCAAAAAUUCUAAUAAGGAGAUGGUGCAGGAUGUCGGGCUUCUUGGUUCAAAUGGGGUCCCAUCUUUUGUCCCUUCACCUGUAUUUUUUCUUGAUCCUGUAUUAGUGCUGAACCAAAGUGAAGAAUGGUUGCCGAUGUCCACACUAAGGGAAGAAGCUGGCGCAAAUGCAUCCCGAGAUGACAUAAGAAAUGGCACUGAACGAGCCGCUAAGCUGGCUCAAAAUUGUGCUGGCAAUGGGUCUGAUGACCAGUUGGUAAAAUCAAAGGGCUCCACAUCAGAUUAUAUGGGUGAUGGAGAAGGCACACCCUCCAUUACUAACACACAAGGACUGGAAGUUUCUCGCAGCUGCACAAUUCCUGAGUCAUCUUUGAGGCCUCUUGUGGGGAAAAUUUCUCAAAUAUUAAAGCAGCUCAAGAUCAACUUACUUGAUAUGGAUGCAGCCCUGCCCGAGGAAGCACUGAGACCUUCUAAAUCUCACUCGAUGAAAAGAUGUGCUUGGCGUGCAUUUGUCAAGUCUGCAGAGUCAAUAUUUGAGAUGGUUCAAGCAACAAUCUUGUUUGAGGGCAUGAUCAAGACAGAGUACCUGAAAAACAGUUGGUGGUUCUGGUCCUCCCUCACAGCUGCAGCGAAGACACCAACAAUUUCAUCCCUUGCUCUCCGAAUAUACACUCUUGAUGACUCUGUCAUCUAUACCAAGGACCUGCUUCCUGGUCCAGACCCAAUGGAUGGUUUGAAGAUGACAAGCAAGCUAGGGAAGAAGAGAAAAGAUAUUGAAGCAGGAUCUUAAUGAUGUGGUUAAUUUACUGGAACCAAAUUUUCAUUCCUGCAGGGCUUGUGUGGUGGCAGCCUUUGAUAAUAUGUAUUGUCUUCCACUCUGCCUCAUGAGUCAUGAUACUCAUGGUGAACCAGGAAAAAGGAGAAGAUUUCAGUUUUAUUGCUGUUGCUGCCUGUGUACAUAUGUUUAAAUUCUUCAACUGACAGCACUGACAGAAUAGAAAGGUUGCCUGGUUGAGAGCCAGAGACCUACCGGGGGUUUAUCAAUUUUGGUUGGAUGGAAUCAGGUUGGGCUGUCUGUGAUAGUGCACAAGUUUCUUCCAGAAUGAUUCAACUCAGCAGCAAGCUGUUUGCAGGGGAAGUGACCUGCAAGUGGCAAAAAUUCAUACAACAUACAGAAUGCAACCAAUGUAAAAGAAGCUGUUGCUGUACCCAAGCUUAAUCAAAGUGCCAAAUAUAAUUUGGUCAUCUCUCUCUCUCUCUCUGUGCGCGUGCGUGCGUGCGUGUGUUGUGCAUGUGCUCGCGUGUAUGCAUGUGCACAUGGAGAUGGGCAACAUUUUUUACAUUCAAUUGUGCUUCUUUAUUCAUCUUUUAUUUCUUUCCAUCAUAUGUAAAUGCAAUUGUGCCUUCUAGUCAAGGUUAUGGCUGUGGUUCUGCAAGGUCGGAAACAGGCUUCUGUUAAUUAUUACUUAAGUUUUCAUUUAUAUGGUUGGGGUGGUGCCCUGGGCCGAGCAAGGGGGCAGCCAGAUGGAGUUGCAU